AUGCGUGUAGGGUGCUCGUCGAAGCCGAGGACGUCGACGAAGACAUACCAUCCAGUCUUGGAGAAUGAUGCGAUACCUGAAGCACCAGGCGUCCCACUGACUAUCAUAUGCGGGUUCUUGGGUGCCGGGAAGUCAACGCUGGUCAAACGAAUCUUGACGGAACACCAUGGCUAUCGCAUAGCAGUCAUAAUGAAUGAGUUCGGAGACACGGCGGUGACCCGGACGAUCAACGUUACUUCUCCUGACGACCCCUCAACGGAGGGCUCCGAGGAAGUUCUCGAGCUGCCUAAUGGGUGUCUCUGCUGUAGCAUCAAGGACGUGGGCGUAGCAGCCAUUGAGAAGCUCAUGGAGAAGAAGGGCGCGUUUGACUAUAUCUUGCUGGAGACGACGGGGUUGGCAGAUCCAGGUCCUAUCGCGUCGCUAUUUUGGCAGAACGAAGAGUAUGCGUAUGGGCUGGGGAAGGAUAUCAGGCUGGACGGCGUCGUGUGUGUCGUAGACGCUGUCUUCGGGCGAAAGCAAAUGCUAGAAGACGAAGCCGUCGACGGCGUCGGCGAGAGUCUCAGGCAGAUCGCAUGCGCCGACGUAGUCCUCCUGAACAAGGUUGACCUCGUCUCUGAUUCGGAAGUCGAGGAGACGGAGCAACUCAUACACAAAGUCAACCCUGCGGUGACGGUGCACCGCACAGUCAGGGCACAGAUCGAUCUGGGCAGUGUAGUGGGCAUCGACGCGUACGCCUCGCGCAUGCCGUCCAACGCUAGACACAAUCACGACCACUCGGCGCACGACCACGAACACGAGCACGAUGCGCCGGCCCCGACGCACUACGAAGUCCGCGGCAUCACGAGCCUGCAGGUUCCCUGCCCGGUCCUCUCCCGCGCGCAUUUCGACCGGCUCGACGAGUGGAUCCGCACCGUGCUAUGGGAGGGCACGCUCCCGGCAUCCGAGUCUGAGUCCCUGUCGGGGAAUCUGGAGGUCCUGAGAUGCAAGGGUAUGUUCUCGUGCCGGGACGGAAAGAGGUAUGUCCUGCAAGGUGUUCGGAAUAUCUACGAUAUUUCGGAGAUGGAUGGUGCUAGUGAUAAGGCCGGCGGUCGGGGUCAGGAUGUGGGAGUGCCAGAGAUGGGGAAGCUGGUGUUUAUUGGGAAGGGGCUGGAUGAGGGGGUUCGGCGGAGUCUGGAGGCUGUCUUGCGAUCAUAA